AAACCUAGAAGAGAAUUUUAUUUUCUUUUCCCUUUUAUAUUUUCUCUCGUAGAAGACACAGAAACGUAGGUGGGGGAAGGGAGGUAGUAAUACUCUAUUUUCACAAUUGUGAUUUUGGUUUCCGAUCGGAAACCAAACCCCAUUUUUUGGAAUUUGUUUACGAUCAUCAUCUCGAUUCAAUUUUUGUUUUAUUUUUUUUCAAUUUUUUUCUGAGACAUAGAUUAGUCAGGUCGAAUAAUUUGUUGAUUUUUAGCCCUUCGAGAAAUUGGAUUCGCAUACUGUUGUGUUGUUUGAGGAGCUUGAUUUCCUAAAAGCAUCGAAAAAGCGGCGACAGUUAAGGUACAGGAACCCUAAAUUUUGAUUUGGAUGGCAGCGGCGUCGAAGUCUCCUUCUACGCUUGUUCAAGCUCAUAAUUCUCGCCAGUCCCGGCGGCCCUCGGCGGCGCGUGGCGUGCAUUCGCCUCCUCAUCAAAUUGUCGAUCAGGAACAGUCUGUAACUUCAUGUCUUACUAUCCCUCACAGCAAAAUAGUGGAUGCAUUUAAUUCUUUGGUUGCAUAUGAAUCUGCUACUGGCGUGGAUGAUCAGGUCGAAAACAGUGAAAAUGGUGGCGCGGCGAAGAAGCCGGUCUGGAACAAGCCUUCCAGUGGGGCUGCUGCGGUGGCUGCGGAGGUUGGUACGGUGAUGGGGGCGGAGGCUUGGCCUGCUCUAUCGGACACUGCUCGCGGAUCCCCCAAAUCUCCGUUAGUUUCAUCAAAUGGAUCAAUUAUUAUACCAGAGGGAGUACUACCAGGCUCUUUGUCUCCUAGAAAAGGACCGGACACUAGCAUCUCUACUCAAAUUCACAUGGCUCCUGGUGGCCAGAGGUCUACGAAGAGUGGCGGUGACAGUCCGAACCACAACAGAAUGGCGGCUAAUGGCAGCCUAUCUCAGGCUCCGUCUAUGCUAGGAGCUUUUGCUGAAUCACAACAGCAGAAUGCUGGAAAUUCUGUUACUUCUGCUCGGGAAUAUAAUAAGGAAGAAGCAGCACAUUGGGUCUCUGGGCAGAGAGGAAGAUCAUUUGGUGGUAAUGAGCUGCAUGCACAGCAUGGUCCUUUUAGGGGUAACAGUGGGCCACAAGCUCGACCUGAUGGUUCUUACCAUCAUAGACACGGUGGAAGGCGUGAUCAUCAUCGCAGGGAAAGCUUUGGAUCUCAAAAGAGAGAUGGUUCUAGGCCCUUUGUACGUGGGCCAGCUCCAAAUCGACCUUUUCUACCUCCCCCUCGUCCUCCAGUACUUACGCGACCUUUUGUAAAUCCCAUGGUUUACCAUGAGAUGCCACAGGUAUACUUCGUCCCUGGCCCCCACCUAGAUUCACCCAGGCCCAUGCCUAUGGUCUCAUAUUCGCCAAUGUUGUUUCCUAUGCCCGAUCCUCACUUACUUAACAAGAUCUUGAACCAGAUAGACUAUUAUUUUAGUGAUGAGAACCUGGUGACAGACACAUAUUUGCGCAGUAUGAUGGAUGGUGAAGGAUGGGUGUCUGUUAAGGAAAUAGCUCGGUUCCAGAAAGUCGAGCAGAUGACAGACAAUAUUCACCUUAUACUAGAUGCCAUGCAAGCUUCCAAUGUAGUGGAAGUGAAGGGCGAUAAAGUGAGGCGCAGAAGUGAUUGGGUUAAAUGGUUGAUGCCCCCUAUUCAAUAUUCCACCUCAAAAAGUCCCUCAGAUUCUAGUCAGGAUAAUCUUGCAGCACAUAUCAACAGUGUAUCAUUGCGUGAAAAAUCUGCCAACUAGAGUCAUGCUCUGCUUAACGUCAUCUGGGAUCUUGAACGUGCUCAAACUGUGUACCGUGCAUUUAUUUUCGAUGCAUUUGAACGGAAAACAACCCUUAUGUCUCACGACUCUCACCUCCCUCUUGGAACAAUUUUUUAUUUUUUAUUGGAGAAAACAGGAAAGAACCUGUCAGCUUAUGCCGUGACUAUUAUCUUAAGCAGUGGGUACAUUUGAUUUUGGUCACAAAUGUGUGACGGAAUGAUGUCUCUCUUCUUACAAACAGAGGCUUCACUUCUUGGUGAAUCACAAAAAAAGAGAGAAGAAUUGAUAGAAAUUAUUUUUAGUAGGAAAUUGAGACUUAUAACCUGAUUAUCUUCAGGUUCAAUUUUUGGUUUUCAUCGAGUGUUUUAGUUUUUAAUUUUCUUCUUGUCUAGCUUUAUAAUUUCUCAUGUUAUGUAUUUAUCGAGUAUGAGUUGACUACGGUAUGUACAAGAUAAUUCUAAUUUGUUAACCAUUGCUUGGGUUUGUCGAA